AUGAUUGUUUUUUUUUUUUUUGGUUUUAGGUUGGCCGCAGCGCAGGAAGCAGCCGCCCAACAGCGAGCUCUGCCUCCUGGUCGUGACUGCCCGCCAUCGCCCGGCACCAUGGGCAAACAUUCCCAGCAACCCCCAGGGGCCAAACAGCCCACCUCGCUCUUUAUUUUCGGCGAGGAAAAUAUAGAGAAAACGGAGACUUACUUCCUAUGUAUAUUUUGCGUAGAAGCAUCCCUAAAAAUAUUAGCUUUAGGUUUUGUACUUCAUCGUGGUUCAUACCUUCGUAACAUUUGGAACAUGAUGGAUUUCGUAGUUGUGGUCGAUGACCAUAUUCGCGGAAUCGAAUGUGGACGUCGAUCUUCGAAUGCUGCGAUCUUUCCGCGUGUUGAGGCCUUUGAAAUUGGUUUCGCGGAUCCCAAGUUUGUGACCAUGGUUCCCGGGGACGUAGGUCUAGAUCUUCGAACCCUGAGGGCUAUACGUGUGCUAAGGCCACUGAAACUUGUAUCAGGAAUUCCCAGUCUGCAGGUGGUGCUCAAGUCCAUAAUAAAAGCCAUGGCGCCCUUGCUGCAAAUUGGUCUCCUGGUUCUUUUUGCAAUUGUUAUAUUUGCCAUAAUCGGCCUCGAAUUUUAUUCUGGGGCUUUACACAAGACUUGCUACAGUUUAGAAGACUUAACUAAAAUAGUUGAAGAAGGUGACGCAGCAACGCCUUGUAACACAGAUAACGAAAGCAUAGCUCAACCGGGUAGUUUUAUAUGCAAUCCAAAUAUUUCUACGUGCAUGGAAGAAUGGGAGGGUCCCAAUUACGGCAUAACAUCCUUUGACAAUAUCGGAUUUGCCAUGUUGACCGUGUUUCAAUGCAUAACAAUGGAGGGUUGGACUGCCAUUUUGUACUGGACAAACGAUGCACAAGGUAGUAAAUACAAUUGGAUAUACUUCGUACCUUUAAUUGUAGUCGGAUCAUUCUUCAUGCUCAACUUAGUACUUGGUGUUCUUAGUGGUGAAUUUGCAAACCAGAGAGAAAAAGUCGAGAACAGGCAGACGUUCCUCAAGCUUCGAACUCAGCAGCUCCUCGAACGCGAGCUCAACGGAUAUGUCGAAUGGAUAAGCAAAGCAGAAGAAGUAAUUUUAAACGAAGAGAGAACGACCGAGGAAGAAAAAAUGCACAUAAUCGAAGCGAGAAGACGAGCGGCAGCCAAAAGGAAAAAAUUGAAAAAUUUAGGAAAGAGCAAAAGUACGGAUACGGAAGAAGAAGAGGAAGAAGUUGAAGAAGGUUUUUCACGAUCGUACCUCAAAGCAAAAGUUAAAAACAAGGGAGCGUUUUGGAGAGCAGAAAAAAGACUUAGAUUUUGGAUCAGGCACGCGGUGAAAACGCAGGUUUUCUACUGGUUCGUCAUUGUCCUAGUCUUUCUUAAUACUAUUUGCGUGGCCGUCGAGCAUUACGACCAACCGCCUUGGCUCACCUCAUUUCUGUAUUAUACGGAGUUCAUAUUUUUAGGUUUAUUCUUAAUCGAAAUGUUUAUUAAAAUGUACGCUUUGGGGCCUCGAAUAUAUUUCGAAUCCGCUUUUAAUAGAUUCGAUUGUGUUGUGAUCAGUGGUUCGAUAUUUGAAGUGAUUUGGUCUCAAAUCAAAUCCGGGUCAUUCGGACUUUCCGUCUUAAGAGCUUUAAGAUUAUUAAGGAUAUUUAAAGUUACAAAGUACUGGUCAUCGCUUCGAAAUCUUGUGAUAUCACUUUUAAACUCUAUGAGAUCCAUAAUUUCACUCUUGUUCCUUCUCUUCCUUUUCAUUCUCAUUUUCGCCCUUUUGGGUAUGCAAUUAUUUGGCGGACAAUUCAACUUCGACGAUGGUACACCUCCCACUAAUUUUAAUACCUUCCCCAUAGCGCUUCUAACAGUCUUCCAGAUUUUGACUGGUGAAGAUUGGAACGAAGUCAUGUACAAAGGCAUAGAAUCUCAGGGUGGUCAUAAAAAAGGAAUGAUCUACUCGCUGUACUUCGUCAUUCUUAUGCUCUUCGGUAACUACACUUUACUUAAUGUAUUUUUGGCCAUCGCUGUAGAUAAUUUGGCCAAUGCUCAGGAACUGACAGCUGCCGAAGAGGAACAAGAAGAAGAAGACAAAGAGAAACAAGCGCAAGAACUCGAAAAAGAAAUGGAAGCGCUACAAAUGGGUGGGACAUUAAUUGAAGGAGAUGGAAACGUACCCUCGCCUUCUCACAAUUUAAAAGAGAAACGGAAAAAGGAAGAGGAGAAAAAAGUAGAAGCGGAUGAAGAGUUAACGGGGCCCAGACCAAUGCUGCCGUACACAUCAAUGUUCAUUUUAUCAACAACAAAUCCAAUCAGAAGAGCCGCUCAUUGGGUAGUUAAUUUAAAGUACUUUGACUUUUUCAUCAUGGUAGUGAUUAGUCUUAGCUCGAUAGCUCUUGCCGCCGAAGACCCCGUCGAAGAGGAAUCUGUAAGAAACAGCAUUCUUAAUUACUUUGAUUAUGCCUUCACCUGUGUGUUCACCAUAGAAAUGAUUCUCAAGAUAUUAGACUUGGGACUUAUACUACAUCCGGGAUCGUAUCUCCGGGAAUUUUGGAACAUUAUGGAUGCCGUAGUGGUGAUAUGUGCCGCCGUGUCUUUCGGCUUUGACAUUAGUGGGAGUUCUGCUGGUCAGAAUUUAUCCACGAUAAAAUCACUGCGAGUGUUAAGAGUUUUGCGACCUCUCAAGACCAUAAAAAGAGUGCCGAAAUUAAAAGCAGUUUUUGAUUGCGUCGUCAAUUCUCUUAAAAACGUUAUCAACAUAUUAAUAGUAUACAUAUUGUUCCAAUUUAUAUUUGCCGUUAUUGCUGUGCAGUUGUUCAAUGGGAAAUUUUAUUAUUGUACGGACGAUAGUAAAGCCACAGAAAAAGAAUGCCAAGGGCAAUAUUUCGUUUUCGAUAAAUCCAGUUUGUUGCCUAGAGCUGAUAAAAGAGUUUGGAGAGCUCAGGAUUUUCAUUACGACAACGUUGCCGUGGCCAUGUUGACAUUAUUUGCCGUACAGACUGGAGAGGGUUGGCCUCAAGUUUUACAAAAUUCUAUGGCUGCAACUUAUGAAGACACGGGUCCUAUUCAAAAUUUUAGAAUAGAAAUGUCCAUAUUUUACAUAGUUUACUUCGUAGUUUUUCCUUUCUUCUUUGUAAAUAUAUUCGUGGCGUUAAUUAUAAUUACUUUUCAAGAGCAAGGAGAAGCGGAGCUUCAAGAUGGAGAAAUCGAUAAAAAUCAGAAAUCUUGUAUUGAUUUUACAAUUCAAGCUCGACCGUUGGAAAGGUACAUGCCCAAAGAGAGAAACAGUUUCAAAUACAAAGUUUGGAAACUAAUAGCUUCGACGUCUUUUGAAUAUUUUAUCAUGAUGCUCAUAGUAUUUAAUACUUUAUUAUUAAUGAUGAAGUUUCACAAGCAAUCUGCUUUGUACAAGAAGUCGCUGCACUACCUGAACAUGGGUUUUACGACCAUGUUCACCAUCGAAACCAUACUCAAGUUGUUAGCUUACGGAAUCAGGAAUUUUUUCAAAGAUGCCUGGAACACGUUUGAUUUGAUCACAGUACUCGGAAGCAUUGUCGACGUUUUAUUCAUGGAAUUUGGGGAAAAUUCGUUCAACGUUGGUUUUUUACGAUUGUUUCGUGCUGCUCGUCUUAUAAAAUUACUAAGGCAAGGUUACACGAUAAGAAUAUUGCUAUGGACUUUUGUACAAUCAUUCAAAGCUCUGCCGUAUGUUUGCCUGUUGAUAGCAAUGCUCUUUUUUAUUUACGCAAUCAUCGGAAUGCAGGUUUUUGGAAACAUGAAGUUCGAUCCGUACUCGGCCUUGAACAGACAUAACAACUUUCAAACAUUCUUCGGUGCUCUUCUAUUAUUAUUUCGAUGUGCUACGGGUGAAGCCUGGCCUUCCAUAAUGUUAUCAUGCAUAAAAGAUCGACCCUGCGACGUACGUGCCAACAAAGGUUCCGAAACCUGCGGGUCUAAUCUCGCCUACGCUUAUUUUGUUUCGUUCAUAUUUUUUUGUUCCUUUCUCAUGUUAAAUUUAUUCGUGGCUGUUAUUAUGGAUAAUUUUGAUUAUCUGACCAGAGAUUCCUCAAUAUUAGGUGCCCAUCAUCUCGAUGAAUUUGUUAGAAUAUGGGCCGAAUAUGAUCCUAAUGCUACGGGUAAAAUAGAUUAUACUGAAAUGUACGACAUGUUAAAAAAUAUGGACCCUCCUUUGGGGUUUGGAGCAAAGUGCCCAAAUAGAUUAGCGUAUAAAAAAUUAAUAAGAAUGAACAUGCCGGUCGACGAUAAGGGAAAAGUUAAUUUCACAACGACUUUGUUUGCUCUCAUACGUGAAAAUUUAAGCAUAAAAGUGAGAGCGGCUGAGGAAAUGGACCAAGCGGAUGAAGAAUUGAGAAAAACAAUAAUGAAAAUAUGGCCGUUGCAAUCGAAAAAAAUGAUUGAUUUAUUAGUACCGCAAAAAGAAGAAUUAGGCAAGGGAAAAUUAACGGUUGGAAAAAUAUAUGCCGGACUUUUGAUACUCGAAAGUUGGAGAUCGACGAGAUUUGGACAAAUCGAAUCCGCGGGUGUUCCGUCGGUCAAUGGGGUGCUCAAAAUAGGAAUUCCCUCGAUGCCCCCGAGCCCGAAGAAUCCCCGGGUUUGCUUUUGGGGAAAAAUACAGCCAACCGGGGUUCCCGGUUUCAACGUCUUCCCCCCCCUUUUCCUUAUCCUUAUGGUGAACGAUUUACAAAAUGUCACAAUUGAAUCUCGAAGGCCUUCAUUAGAAUCAUUACAAGGUGACCAAAAUCAUCGAUUGCAUCCUGGUUAUGGUGAUCAAUCGACAAGAACUCCUAGUUUUAGAAGAAGAAAAUCUCCUAGUUUUAUGUACAAAGGUGUUUCGCCAAGGAGAGGAGGUCAUCCUCAGCAACACGAUAUCGGUUUUAGCGAUACCGUAUCGAACGUUGUAGAUAUAGUUAAACACGAUAGAAGAGGAAAACCGAAAGGUACUUGGUCGACUUCGACGAGUCCGGCAAGAUCUCCGAGCCCUUCGAGGGUCCGUUACUACUCGAACCGUUCGCGUGCAUAUGGGACCACAUCUCUUGAGCAAAGAUCGAGAUCACCGUCGCCGACGGGCGAUCGCGGACCCCCGCCAUCAGUUCAUCAUCAUCAUUUUCAUCAUCAUUCUCAUCAGCACAGUUAUCCGGUAUUGGUGACGAGAAGAGGUCACGGACGAAGAUUGCCGGCGACUCCGAGCAAACCUUCGACUUUGCAACUCCGGCCGUCGAGCAUAAAUUUUCCCAAAUUAAACGCUUCACCGACUCAUUGUCCUCCUUUGUCAUCAUCAUCCGGCGGUCAUCAUCAAAUAACAACGGGACAAUAUUGUCCGUUGAGUUUCGAACAAGCCGUGGCGAUCGGUAGAGGUGGAAGAGUACUUCCGUCUCCUCUUUUAAACGGUUACAAACCCGGACAACAGCAACAUCAGCAUCAACAUCAACAACGACCGAGAAGGCACAGCGAUUCGGACGAAGAUGAUUGGUGCUAG